UUUUUAUUUGAUGUGCGUGCAUCCUCAGUCAGCAGAAAAAAGAAGAAAAAGAUGGAAGCAGGGAUUCCGAAACGGCCUGAAAGUAGCCACAGUUUGGCCAGUAGUGGCCUGGGAAGUAACAGCAGUGCAACUCCCAUAGCAGCUGCCACAUUUCCCGUUGGUUUGGCAGGCAGUAUACUUACCAAUGGAUUUGGCACCCAAUUUAUGACUAUCGCUCCACCUCUGCUCAGCUGUGAAGAUGAGUUGAUCUGGCUGGAUUUAACUAAUCCGGCCUUUCAUCGUCCUGUUUUCAAUAGCUCUAUCAAACAGCUUAGCAAAGAAGCUUCGUCGUUCGACAGUAUUUCAACGCACGAGUUGGAAGAAACGGAUGAAGCUGGCGGAAAAGAUGUGAAACAGCUGAUCACACAGUCCUUCCAGCAAGCGCUUAGUAUUCAAGAUCAAAACGAUUUGUUACGGGAGUUGGAGAAGGAUCCAGAGUUGGUGCACAAUGUGGGAUUAACACCCGAUAAGCUUCCGGAUCUAGUGGAAUUCAACCCAUUAAUAGCUAUAGAAAUUUUGUUGAAAUUGAUCCACUCCCCUCAAAUCACGGAAUAUUUUACCGUUCUUGUGAACAUGGAAAUGUCGCUGCACUCAAUGGAGGUGGUUAAUCGAUUGACCACCUCCGUCGAGUUACCAACAGAAUUCAUACAUCUUUAUAUAAGCAACUGUAUCUCGUCUUGCGAGGCCAUCAAGGAUAGGUACCUGCAGAAUAGGCUGGUUCGAUUGGUUUGUGUGUUUCUGCAGAGUCUGAUCCGGAACCACAUCAUCGAAACGAGUGAGCUGUGCAUCGAGUUGGAAGCAUUCUGUGUAGAAUUCAGCCGGAUAAGAGAAGCCGCAGCUCUAUAUCGUCUGUUGAAACAGCUGGAGUCGGAUACCGCAAGCUCAACGAAUAAAAUCAAAUAACGUAAGGUAAACCCGAAUUUAUUUGUUCCGAAAUAUUUUCUUGUUUUUUAUAUAUUAUAUAUUUAAUCUCUCUCAGAAUUUUGCAAAUUUUUUACAAGGAACAUAAUUUUUAUGACAUUUCUCAUCAAGA